CUAUCUAUCUAUCUAUCUAUCUAUCUAUCUAUCUAUCUAUCUAUCUAUCUAUCUAUCUAUCUAUCUAUCUAUCUAUCUAUGUUUCUUAAUUAAUUGACUAAUUAAUGAACAACAAUACUAAUUGCGCUAAUUGUCUUGGCUGAUAUAAUAAGGCUGAUCUGGGAUCGGUCUAUCCGUUAUUAGGAUGUACCUGCUCUCAUUUAGGCUGGCCUGAAUGCGCUCUGAUAGCGCGUCGCCGUUGAUGCCGCUUCUUUUUUAUCUGAUGGACCAGAAGCCGAUACGCUUUUAUCUCCUCCAGCCAUGACUCCCCACGGACCCCGGGGAACCGCCGACCGAGGCCCCCCAACACAAACAAUGACACGCAGGCCAGUUAUAUAUUUAUUUAUUUAUUUAUUUGUUUAAUAAAUAAUUAUGGCCUUUCAAUUAAAGCAUCCUUAUCAUAAUUAGAGUCUCAUCAUUUUUCCAAUCUAUUGUAUUAGUGGCACGUUGAGGCUUAAGGCGUAGUAAUGGAGAAGGAUUAAUGGAUAUGUCCUUACUCUUCUUCUUAGGGGAAAAAAAAAUAAAAUAAAAAAUAAGAUAGACGACCCUUUGCUAUUAUCUGUUAUCUUAUUUCAGAAUGAAUAGGCUUAGUAAAAAAAAUUCUUUUGUUGGAAAUAUAAAUAGGUCAAAAGCUUAACCUGAGCUUUUGUUUCUUUCAUCAAAAAAAAAAAAAAAAAAAAAAAAUUAAAACAGCCCAACUAUAGCUCAGGCUACAGUAUACUACCUCACGUUGUUACAGGCCGUUGCGCCGUGCCUGUUUGCUUUUUUUUAUGCUUUGCCCUCCACAAGCCUAUAUAGCCCACGACAGCCAAAUAAUAAUGAAUCAUUUCAUAAAUAAUGGGUUUAGGAGCUUAUCGGGAAUGAAGAGGCCGCUGCCGUGAGCUUAUCUCACUCGGCCACAUUGCGGCCUGUGUUCCGCUCCCCAUACUGAGGGAGCGCACUGGAUGCGGCGAGGAAUAACUCACACACACACAUAUACACACACACACACACACACUGCUCCACAACUCGGUGGAAAAAAAAAGAAAAACCUCAGACAUGGAUGACCCACUCACAAAAUGGCUCCACUUACACAGUAACAUCAACAACACGGCUGGAACGGUAAGUGGAAAUAACAAGCUUCAUCCUUAUUUAAACCAACAAAUUCGUUGUUUUUAAAAGCUACGACUGCUGUUGUUUACAUUUUAUUUUUGCUAUUAACUGUAUAUUUAGUCUGUAUAUAUAUAUAUAUAUAUAUUUACUAUUGUCCGAUCGGUUGGCUGUGACUAUACGGGAUGUAAUAACGGAUGCGAGGCCUGUUGUAUAAUUCUUAGAAAUAAAAUCCCCCUUUUUAAAAAAAAAUUCGCGUUAAAUAAUAAUAAUAAUCAGUUUAUUGAAAUGAGUUACCGAUCAAACACAUAAGACUGCUGUAGUAUAUUAUAUAGUCUAUUCCUUGUGUCAAAUCUAUGAUGUGCGUCUUUCUACAACAGCAUUAUGGCCUUCUUCGCCUCGAUAAAUAUAAAAAUUGCAUAACCAACUCUGUCUGUAUGAAAUAUUCAGGUACGAUUUGGAAUUCUCCGUGUUUCCUGGACUAUUUCUGGAUUUGCUUAAGGCAAAAGGAAGGACGGGUUUUAAUCCGACGGAGACCUUCGUUUCUGGCAACUACAGCCUUUUUUUUUUUUUUUUUUUUUUUUUGGCUUCUCAAAUUUAACAUAAUUACAACUGGAAGUAAAUGAGCUGAAAUUAUUAUUAUUAUUAUUAUUUUUAUCCUCAAAUAUAAAUUCAGAACACAGUAAAUAUUAGGUCAACAUCCAAAUAUUAGUUUAACGGUAAAAUUGUAAACUCAUUUCAAGGCCAAUAAGCGUUAGAUAAGGGGUUCGUAGAUAGAAAGAAAGAAAAAAAAACAUACAUGCAGAAACCACAAGAUAAAAUUCGUUGGCAAUGAUAAGUUAACGUUUCAAAUGGCACUUACUCAAAAUUCGUGCUAAAAAUGUGAAACAGACUCAAUUGCAUUAAUGGAUAAUAACUUAGAAAGAAAAGCUGACAUCUUAUUUCAACUUUAAGACAUUCUGUAUCAUUUAACAAAAAAUAGUAUCUCUACAGUCACAUCACAGUUCAAGGUUUAUAGUCAAAGAAUGACAAUAUUUAUAUGUUACAGUUCCUAGAAAUACGAAAACAUGGCUGAGGCUCUUUCACCCUUUUACAUUUAAAAUAACUUAUAAAAAAUAUACUAAAAUAUAGGCCUAUCAGAAUUAUUUUACCCCGUUUUUUUAUUAUAUCUAUUAUUGGAAAUACUAACAAAUGUGAAUAUAGAUCUAAGAAGAAAAAGGAUAUUUUGUACAAUAAUGGGUUCUCCAUAAGCCUGCAGAUACAGUGAUCCAUGCUUAUCUAUCUGGAAUAUUAGGACUGUCACAUAGGCCCAAUGUACUGACUUUAAUUAAUCGAAAAAAAUCUUAUUUAGGACGUAGAGGACUUGAACGAGUGGUGACGAUAUAAAAAUGAUGGAAAAACGGCAGCCAGAGCUUUGUCCUGGAAGUCCCGAUACAGAUCCCGGUCCUGGAAAGCGGGAGGACUCCUCCAUCAUCUCCAGACAAAACGGAUGCAAGGAGGACGAGGAGCCGAGGAGAGAGGAGGGGGAGGAGAGGGGAGGGAGUUUCAAGGGGGUUGAGGAGACGGAUGACGUUCCUCUGCAGAACUCGAGCAACGGGACCAGCAUCAGCAUCAUCAUUAACGGCGUUGCCAAGGAAACUGCCUCUCACAACGCCCUUGACCUGAAAAGGGAAGUACCGGUGAUCGAGCUCUCCAGGAGGGACGCUAUAAAAGCGGUGGAGCAGAGGACUGAAAGCCAUUUGGUGCCGAUAACGGAACUUCGCAGACCUCCACCGCUGCCGCUGCCGCCGCCGCAACGAGACGACGCUCGAAUGGUCCAACUGAGCCCAAACGCGUUUCCUGUCCCGGCCCGGGCGAUGCUCUACAACCUGGCACAACCUCUAGCCGCCAUCAACAGUCUUGGAGGGGAGUCGGAGCAGUACAGCAUGUACCCCAGCAACAGGGUAAAGCGCCGCCCGGCGCCUUAUGAGGUUGAACUCGACGAGGCUGGUCAACCAAAAAUUGUACGUCGUAUCUUCACGAACAGUCGUGAACGUUGGCGGCAACAAAAUGUAAAUGGGGCAUUUGCAGAGCUUCGGAAACUCAUCCCUACUCACCCUCCAGAUAAGAAGUUGAGUAAGAAUGAGAUCCUGCGGCUGGCUAUGAAGUACAUUAGUUUCCUCUCCAACCUCCUGGAGGACCAGGAUGGGGGGAGGAAUGUUGGCAGCACAACUGAUGGAGAGACUGGGCUCCUAGUUGGGGUAGGAGCCCAUGACGGGGGCCCCCAGGGAGGCCCGCAUCAAGACACGGUGGUGAGCUUGGCCAGGGACGAUCUUCUGGAGACAAUGUCACCGGGCUCCAGCUGUGGAAGCCUGCCUGAUGGCGAUGCUGAGGGUAGUCCUGAGAGCUUCAUGGAGGAUCAGGACUCACCUCCAGCUCCAAGGACUCUACAGGCUUCACGUGGACCUCCACUCCAUCUAGCUGCUAGGGAUCUGAGGCGAAAUGGACGCCCCUUAGAUGGCUCUGGUCGCCGAUGAUGCUGAUGCCAAUAGGCUACCAACCUGAGACUAAAAAACAAUGACAGGAAUAAAAAAAGAGAUGGAUACGCCCAGGACCUUAUUAGCUUUGCAUCAUCAGUAUAGGAAGGAGAAUCAAGCAUCAUGCAGAUAGAGACUGGUAUAUGAGUGGAUCAUGUGUACGUUUCUGUCUUUGCAUGACACCCGAGGCAGCACUGAUGAAUAGCUUGGUUUGAUUAGUGAUCGACUGAGUUUGAUCUAAACAAAAGACUUGUACAUUCUGCAUGUCUCAUGUCUUUGAAUGACCUGCGGAUUAUAACUUUCUGUGUUUUGAAAGUCCAAAGACAGGAUAUUUGAAAAAAAGGAAAAUGAGCAGACAACGCAAAACAGAACAACACAAGACAAAGCCAAACAAAGGAAACAAUCAAGAGACAUUUUGGAAAAAGAAUUGUGAUGUAUGAUUAUGAAAUGUUGACCAAUACUUCACGAUGACACUGGAGAUUAUAAUUUUGUGCAGUCAGGAUAAAUCCAGCAUGUCAAAUGGCCUGGAGAGUGCUGUGUAUCUAUGGUUGUACACCUUCAAUGAAUGAAUUUGGUGAUUUAUUCUGCCCAACAGAUACAUUCAUAACACAAAGAAAGUUUGGUGGCUGUUGGAGGUUGUAAACGGACUGGAUAUUAAUUACACUCUCGCAGUUAUGUAUUGUAAAUAGCAUUAUAUUUUCACUGCACAAUGUAAUAACAGUGACUGAAGUUCAAGUAAUGUGGUUUGAGAUGUACCGUAGUGUUUGUUAAUGGGUUUACUAGGAAAAUGGUCUUUUGGGAGGCAUGAAAUGAACCGAAAGGGGACAAGGGAAACUCAAGAUGUAAAGCAAACAGCUAAAUGUUGUACAUCAAAUAUGGUACCAAUUACUUCUGCUAUACUUUGGUGAUGAGAAAAUAACACCAAAAGAAUUUCACUCCCUGAGGAUGAAUUGAAUGAUAUGAAUUUGCUGUAGAGGUACAGGACAUGCAGUGUGUCUUAAAAUGUACAAUUAAUGGGUCAUACAAAAUCAUACAAUGACUCAUGCAGUCCUUUUGAUAUGAAUGUCUGUUUCAGUGUUUUUUAAACUGUAAUGCAGUUGUAGUUUAGUAAGGUACACAAAUAAAUCCCUUCAUUGCAGCAUUUCACAUGUUCACAUACAUACACAGAGGCACGCGCACAAAAACACACGUGCACACACUAAACAGUGUUAAUACCAUGACAACACCAGCAGUUUUCUGAUAAAGACAGUUAAGUAUUGCUCACUGUUGUUGGUUAUUCUGCUUUUUGAGCAGGACUAUAGUAGCCUAUAUUGGUACCUUUGGUAAUUCUGGUAUUUUAUUAAUUGCAGUAAAGGGACAUUGUACGUUUGGUAAUGACAUAUUUGUUGUAUGAUAGCUGUAUCUAUGAAUAUAUCCAAUGUCAAAUCAAUGAAUUUUAUACAAAAGCCCUGAAUAAAAUACACUGAGUAAAA